GCCAGUUAUAAGCUGUUCCUUAUCUCAGCACAAGGACAACAAAAUAUUAAAAGCAUGGCGUACGGUCACAUUGUCUUCACAACUGCAUUUUGUUCCUGUACUUUGAUGUAGUGAUGUCAUGGCAGGCAGUUGUGGUAAAGCCCUCAGUGUUUGUCCGGUCGGGGUCAUCGGCUGAGCUGACCUGCACAUAUAAUACACACUCCUCAGAAGGUUUCACCCUGGAGUGGCGUUACGCAGCUCUGGGAACUCCUGCCGUCCAAGCCAAGAGGGUGCUGUACUACAAUGGGAGGCUUUACUGGGUGAACUCUUGGGAGGGAAGGAUGGCUCUAGUGCAGAACCCUCCAGUGUUGGGCAUCGCUUCUAUCAGGAUAACGAAUGCAGAAUUAUCUGAUGCUGGACUGUAUAUAUGUGAAGUCACCAACCCGAAUGACUGGUCCAGCAGCGGACACGGUCUGAUCAACCUCACUGUACUGGUUCCUCCAUCUGUGCCAGUGUGUCAGCUGCAGGGAAACACCUACAAGGGGAAUGAUGUGACUCUGAGUUGUCAUUCCUCUCAGGGUCUCCCCACACCAAUAUAUUCUUGGCACAGAGAGCAGAACGCAGCCCCUCUGCCACCAGACAGUUUUGUUGAAGAUCAGCACACUGGUUCUCUUAUGUUACACAACCUGUCUGAUGCCUUCGCUGGUACCUACACAUGUAAAGCGUCUAAUGAACUCGGUCAGGCAGCGUGCAGCAUAACCCUCAAAGUGACCUAUGGAGGAACCGCAGCUGUGAUUGGCGGAGUGUUGAUGGGAAUCUUCCUCGUUCUGCUGUUGAUUGGGGUUACGUUCAUCUAUGUCACCUGGAACAGGAAGAAGCAUCUCCAAAAUACAUAUGCAAAUGAGCUUAGUCAGGUGAAAAACAAUUCAGGCCCUCAUCAGCAGAGCGGAGGGAACCUACUACCUAUUCAGUUGGGUACUGAAGACCAACCAGACUUGAAAGUGUCUCACUUUAGUCCAGUCAUUUAGCCUUUUCAGAUGCUUCUUUUGCAUCUGCUUGUUUAAUUUCUGAGCCUACAAUAAAUAUACACUUUUUAACAUACCUAGACGUGUACCUCUGUACUUCAUUCUGUACUACUGUAAUGAUGGAUUAAAGAUGUUGAGACCU